CCGUCGUCUUCGGGACUGCGUUGCGUUGUUUCUCCGUGACUUGCGACUAGUGAAAGUGAAAUUUCGUGUUUUUGUGUUUUACUUCUGGAGUUUUCCCCCGUUUCCCUAACCGAUUGGACUGAUCUACCACCCACAAAUACGAUGCUGAACGAAGAGGUCGACGAUACGGAGUUCUUCCAGCAGGACUUUACGACGGCCUCCGACUGGGAGUUGUUUAAUGCGCGGCUGGAGGAAAUAUUUCACGAGUGGAAGCUGUCGUUCGGGCAAACCACUUUCCGGAAGCUUGCCCACCACGAGCUGGCCAGCUGCUGUUGGAAUGUGGCGCGCGAAACGAUAAAGUUCGCGGACGUUGAGCUGCAGGUUGUGCACUACCGUGCACAGCUCGAACCCGACCUGACGGAGGGAGCGGAACCCGUGGAGCCCGUUUCCGGAUGUCAAACGUUUGUGGAUUUGCUGUCGAUCGAGAACGACUACUGUAUGGCGUACGGACAACGGUCCGAUGGGGAUGAGGACGAGCAGAAACUUCAUCCGCUUGCGCAAUGGUACGGGUUGCGCGAGUUUGUGAUCGUCACGCCGGUGAAGAAAUCGAUCUCCAACGAAAGCAGGAUCCGCAUCCUGAUGAGCUCGGUGCAUAUUGCGGUGUCGGAAAGUAGCUGCGAUGUGCCCGUGUUUGUGCAGGCGAUGGACAAGGUGCAGCACGUGUAUCUGGGCGUGUGUGAGUCCGGCCCGGUUCGCAUGUCGUUCGAUAUUGUGCAUCUGCAUCUAACGCCACCCACCUGCAAGUAUCUUUCGGGGCUGUUGGAGGUUUUCAAGGGCAAAAUUGGCGUAGCGUACGUUGAUCCUGUCGCGGUGUCGGUCCGUUUCACCUACCAGCUGGCACGUUUCGUUUCCGGCAGCUUUGUAAGCGAUAAAAGUGUCCCGUUCACCGAGGGCUGGACUGGAACGGACGCCGUGUCCCUUCCGUUCGGUGUAUCGAUCGAUCCGGUAAGCGAGCUGAUCGUUCACUGCACCUGGCCGCAGGUGGCGGACAAUGUGGUGGUCGAUUCGCAGACCUACUCCGACUUUGAUCCCUUGUCGGCACCGCUCUGGAGUCUACGGGCGCAGUUCGAGGACACGCCCGUCUGCUAUCUGGCCGACUGUCUGCAGGAGUACCUGCAAAUUUCGGACUCGCGGCGCGCUCUAACCGAAUACUUCAGCGAACUUGCGUUCGGUGGCAACGUUCCGCCGAUCGAGGGCGCUAAUCCACUCGAUCUGCUCACGGAAUCGAAGAUUCCACGACUGUCGUCUGUGCUGCCGGGCAGAAUCGUUGCUCCCAAGGCCGCUCCGGCCAAGCUCGAGGGCCCACUGAACGACGAACAGCUGAAGGACAUGCUGUACUACCUGUUUCCGGACGCACAGCGUGAGCCACGGUGGCCGUACGCCGCAUCCGUCACCGGGCCGGCCGAGUUCGAUCCGCUGCGCAUCAAGUCGGCCAAUCCGGACUCGCUGGUGCACCGGCUUGCCACUCUGCUGGCCCUCUGCAAUGCGUGCUUCGGGGGGAAGCGAGCCGUGGCGCAACUGUGGGCCGAAUUCGCACAGGAAAUGCGGUACCGCGUCGAGCGCUGCAUACAGAUACCGGGCGUGGCCAGCGGAUUCCCGGACUCGAGAACCUGCCUGCUCCACCAGAAGCUUCAGAUGCUGAACGUGUGCAUGGAGCGGCGCACGCUACGUGACGGUGGACUCCCGUUUGCGAUGCGUUCCACCGGUCCAACGGCAGCCACCGCCGCCGCCGCCGCGCCCACCGAUCAGUCGGACGAGGAGUUCUUUGACUGUUCGGACGAUGAGCAAGAAUCCGGCGCAACGGGCCGGCUGUCUCGGCUCGGUAACAUGCUGCUGGUCAGCUCGGACGAACCGCUGUACAUUCCGGUCACGCAAGAGCCCGUCCCGAAGACGGAGGAUCAGCUCGAGGACGAUGCGGAGGUAAUGCUGAAGCUCGGCCCCGGCAGUGAGCUGUGCACGCAAAUGAUGAGCGCCUCGCUGCUGUCCGACAUGGAGAGCUUCAAGGCGGCGAACCCGGCCGGGCAGCUGGAGGACUUUAUCCGUUGGUACAGUCCGCGCGAUUGGAUCGAGGACGAGCCGGUCGACGAGCAGGAUCCGUUCGGGCGCAAGGGACAUCUGAGCGCACGGAUGCUCAUUCCGGGCAACACGUGGCAAACGGUCUGGGAAGGAGCGCGUGCCAUCCCGGCUCGGCGCCAGAAACGGCUGUUCGAUGAUACGCGCGAAGCGGAGAAAGUGCUACACUUCCUGGAGUCACGUACGAUCGGCCAGAUAGCGCAGCUUACGAUGGCAACACUGUUUCACGUGGGCGUGCUCACGCUAACGGCAAAUGCCACGCCGGAACGAGCCGUCGUGCCGGCGUUCGAUGAAAUGAUUGACCGCAUGACAGCGGCCUGCUGUCGAUUGUCGCGGGAAAGCUGGAUCAGUGGAGGCGGCGCAGCCACUGGCCCGGGGCGGGCCAACUCUCAGACAAAGUACGAGCAGCAGCUGCUCGCCGAAAUGAUGCAGCUCGAGUGCAUCGUCACGCAGGCCCGAAGCUUGCGGCGAAAGCUGUUCGCAGCGCCGGGCGAAAGCUCGUCGGUCGACGCGGAGAAGCUUUUGCAGGGGUUGCUACAGUCGCACGAAACAGAUCUACCAGAGGGCGCUAGUAGUGCAAUCGCUGGCCGUCUGUUGGUGCUGUUUGCCGAGGCCAAACGGGCGGCUAACGAGCAGAGCGACCAACAGACCAAGGGCGGCAGUAGCCUGCCGGAUCCAAUCGAAAAGCAAUUUACUCUACGGCUAAGCGGCAACACCGUCAGCAAGGGUGCGGGAACGCCACAGUUUCUGAGAGCAAUUCUGAUGCCGCAAGAGUUUCGUCUUUGUGGAGCAUUCAGCCGUAACACAACCUUUUAUUGAGCGAACGACUGCUGCCUAUCCUGUAAACUGUAAGCUACACACGGUGUUGGGAUGGUUAACCAAUUAUCAAUUACAUGUAUUCCCGAAUCUUUAAUCGCGUUCAAAUAUAAUGUUCGGUUCUGUAACGAUA